AUGACCAGUUUAGAUGAAAGAGGCCGUUAUAUUUGGGCAAGGGUGAAUAUAGCCAUAGAUCUGUCUUCUUUAUCUGUAUUAAGAAACUUGGGCUUCAAACCAGACAAAACAAUUACUAUAACUAUUCUUGGUAUGUUGGAAGAACUAGACAAAACAUUUACUACAACUAUUCUCAGUAUGUUGAAAGAACCAAACAAAACAAUUACUACAACUAUCUUCAAUACGUUGAAAGAAUCAGACAAAACAAUUACUACAACUAUCCUCA